UAGCUGACAAAAGCCAAGCAGUGUUAACACUGUCAGUCAGGCCAGAAGAUGUUCUUUCUACAGGGAGGUCUCAUCUUGAUCCUUAUUGCAGCUUAUGUGGCUCAGGAGGCAUUUUUUCAUAAAUCCUGCAAAACUGAUGCGGUCACAAUAAAAUGGCCCCUAAAACUGACACAAGAGCAAAUACAAAACCCAUACACUGUUCUCCUGGGUAACUGUGUCCCCUCAAGUGUGACUGUGGAUGAGGUGAUCUUCCAUGUAGCUUUUAACGACUGUCUCUUCCAGAGAACGGUGUCUGGAAAUAAGAUCAUCUUCAUGAAUUUGCUAACCUACAGACCAGGCCUAGCUGUUCCAGCUCAAUCUUACAUUGUGGAUUGUGAUUUUGACAGGCCGGUACUGUUGACUUCCCCGUCAGUUCAGCCUGGCAUACAUGACGAGAAACCGAUCUUCAUAAUGGAGCUAAUGAAAGGUGACUUCAGUGGUCCAGCUCAAUCCGCUACUUUCACUGUGGGCUCCAAUAUCCCCUUCAGGGCCUCUGUGGCUGAGCAGACAGGUGUACCACAGCAGAUCUUCCUGGAUGAGUGUAUUAUGACCACGUCCCCAGACCCAAACGUAGCCAAUGACACGUACACUGUAGUCACUGACGAAGGGUGUCUUCUAGAAAGCAAGUAUGGAAACUCAACAUUUUUGCCCAGAGAGAAACCUUCUGAAAUCCGUCUUUCUCUAACUGCCUUCGGUUUUGUUGAUGCAGACGAGGUCUACCUCCACUGUAGGCUGGUUUCAUGGGAGGCCCACAGGCUUGACGUUAACAAGAAGGCCUGUUCUUACAGGAAGGAAAAUCAGAGAUGGGAGCUGCUUGAUGAUGCUUCCCAAAAUUAUCUCUGCAGUUGCUGUAACUCCAUAUGCAAAAAAAGCAGUGGAGGCUUGUGGCAGGAUGUCGUUGUUGGUCCCAUAAGAAUCCUCAAGGAGUCUCAAGAAUCAAAUAAAGAUCCACUUAGGAAAAGUGCAAAAGGUUUAGGUAAAGGUACAUUCUGGCUCCUCACCGUGGUUGUGCCCUUGGUGUUAUUAAUUGCAACGGGAGCUCUGGCACUAAGCUAUUAUCUCUGUGUAUGGAGGGGUGGAAGACUUGGGUACCGUCCCAGCAGGGACCUAUUAAAUAAAUAUUAACUAAGGAA